CAAUUAGAAUGUGACAUUAAAGUGAAGUUUGACAGUGUUUGUUAUGUAGAAAAACUGAUUCAAAAAUAUUGAAUCUUUUAAAAUUACAAGACUUAAAGUGUUGACCGCAUUUGUGUUCUCUGCUGUAAAAGUGUUUGAGAAUCGCGUUAAUAUGGAUGAGUAUUCGUGAGUAUUCACGUGCGCUGUCGGCGGCGUAGCUCCUGAUUUAAACGGACUCCGCAAACAAUUUCGAUCAGUUGCUCGGCAAACUUUGAUCGGUCCGAUAAUCCCGGAAAGAAAUACCUUUCAAUUUCACCACAUCAAGUUCGAAUAUCGUCAGGCACACAGACCGGCACAGAGAAAUUCUACAAAAUUAUGGAAGUACAAGUGGGAUGGCCGAAGCUGCUCAAGAUGGGAGCCAAGAUGGUGGGCCACAAGUUCCAGCAAUACCGCCUCGCCACAGGUCACACGGUGGUGCUGGAUACCAACUACGGACAGGUACGGGGACUCCAAAGGAAAACGUUGUACGAUGAGGAGCUGUACUUUGCCUUUGAGGGAAUUCCCUAUGCAAAGCCCCCAGUGGGUGAGCUCCGAUUCAAGGCUCCACAGCUCCCAGAACCCUGGCAGGGAGUCCUCAAUUGUACCACAUACCGAUCUAAGCCUCUGCAAAGGAACAUGAUCCUGGGAAUUGUGGAGGGAAGUGAGGAUUGCCUGCACCUAAAUGUGUAUGCAAAGACUCUGAAAUCGGAGAAGCCCCUACCCGUGAUUGUGUGGAUAUAUGGCGGAGGAUUCCAGAAGGGAGAAGCCUCGAGGGACAUCUACAGUCCGGACUAUUUCAUGAAGCAGUCUGUGGUGUUUGUGACCAUCAACUACAGACUGGGAGCAUUGGGAUUCCUUAGUCUACGAGAUCCAAAACUCGAUGUUCCUGGAAAUGCCGGGCUCAAGGAUCAAGUGAUGGCCCUUCGCUGGAUCAGCCAGAAUAUUGCCCAUUUCAAUGGAGAUGCCAACAACAUAACCCUGAUGGGUGAAAGUGCAGGAGCGGCAUCUGUUCAUGUGAUGAUGACCACAGAACAAACUCGUGGACUCUUUCACAAGGCCAUCCUGCAAUCGGGAUGUGCUCUAAGUGAAUGGGCUGAGAGUCCUGACAGGCAGUGGGCCUUCCGGUUGGCUAAAAAACUAGGCUACAAGGGAGAUGAAAAGGAUGCGGAUGUACUGGGCUUUCUAAGCCGAGUUUCUCCCCAGAAAAUAGCGACGUGUGAUCAGGAUAUCAUUACGCAGGAUGAGGUACGCAGCUUUCUGCUUUUCGCCUUUGGCCCAGUCGUGGAGCCCUACGAAAGUGAACACUGCGUGGUACCUAGGAGACACAAGGAGCUCCUAGCCGGCGCCUGGGGAAACGAUAUACCCAUAAUCAUGGGUGGAAAUUCCUUCGAGGGCUUGUUCUCCUAUCAAAUUCUAAGAGGCGAUCCUUGGGUAAUGAAAAACUUUCACAACAUCCUGCCACGGGAAGUGAGUGAGGCCAGCAGCCAGGAGGAGCGGGAUCUGCUUGUUCGACGCCUCAAAGAAGUUUACUUCAACAAUGGGGAUCAGCAGACAAUGGAUAUGUUUGAGGCGUUGAAUAUAUUCUCUCAUCGUCAGAUAUGGCACGAUAUGCAUCGCCUGGCUCUCGCUCGAAGGACCUAUGCGCCCAGCAAAUCCACCUAUUUAUAUCGCUUUGACUUUGACUCUCCGCACUUUAAUCAAUUUCGAUGGUUAGUCUGCGGAAAUCGUGUUCGGGGAGUUUCCCAUGGCGAUGACCUGUCUUACCUCUUUUACAAUGUCAUUUCGUCGAAGCUGGAGAAAUCCUCCAAGGAGUAUCAGACCAUUGAGCGAAUGGUGGGCAUGUGGACAUCAUUUGCCGCGAAAGGAGAUCCAAACUGUGAAGAAAUAGGAGAUGCAAAGUGGGAGCCUCUCCAGCCAAUGGAAAGCGGUGUGGAGCAGUGCUUCAAUAUAAGCCACGACUUGGAGAUGCUGGAACUGCCUGAGGCCGAUUCCCUGGCUCUCUGGGACACCUUCUAUCCAAAGGAAGCUCUGUUCUAUAUGGAAGUAAAUGUCGAAUGGCCAAAGCUGCUCAAGAUGGGCGCCAAAAUGGUGGGCCACAAGUUCCAGCAAUACCGCCUUGCCACAGGUGAAAAAGUGGUUCUGGAUACCAAAUAUGGACUUGUACAGGGACUUCAAAGAAAGACGCUCUACGAUGAGGAGCUGUACUUUGCCUUUGAGGGAAUUCCCUAUGCAAAGCCCCCGGUGGGUGAGCUCCGAUUCAAGGCUCCACAGCCCCCAGAACCCUGGCAGGGAGUCCUCAAUUGCACCACGUAUCGAUCCAAGCCCCUCCAAAGGAACAUGGUCCUGGGCAUUGUGGAGGGAAGUGAGGAUUGCCUGCACCUGAAUGUGUAUGCCAAGACUCUGAAAUCGGAGAAACCACUGCCCGUGAUUGUGUGGAUAUAUGGCGGAGGAUUCCAGAAGGGAGAAGCCUCGAGGGACAUUUACAGUCCGGACUAUUUCAUGAAGCAGUCUGUGGUGUUUGUGACCAUCAACUACAGACUGGGAGCAUUGGGCUUUUUGAGCCUCAAGGAUUCCAGCCUAGACGUUCCUGGAAAUGCCGGGCUCAAGGAUCAAGUGUUGGCUCUCCGUUGGAUCAGCCAGAAUAUUGCCCAUUUCAAUGGAGAUCCCAACAACAUCACACUGAUGGGUGAAAGUGCAGGAGCGGCAUCUGUUCAUGUGAUGAUGACCACAGAACAAACUCGUGGACUCUUUCACAAGGCCAUCCUGCAAUCGGGAUGUGCUCUUAAUGAAUGGGCUGAAUGUCCGGAUCGCAAUUGGGCCUUCCGGUUGGCCCAGAGCUUGGGCUAUAAGGGUGGCGAAAAGGAAGCGGAUGUACUCUGUUUUCUACGCAGUGCUUCCGCUCGCAAAAUGGCGUCUGCUGACCAGGACUUAGUUACACUUGAAGAGAUGCGCAGUUUCUUACUCUUUUCUUUCGCACCUGUCGUGGAACCUUACGAGACUGAUCAUUGUGUAGUGCCAAGGAGGCAAAAGGAUCUACUAUCCGAGGCCUGGGGCAACCAGAUACCCGUAAUCAUGGGUGGCAACUCCUUUGAGGGUCUGUUCUCCUAUCAAGUGGCGAAGAGUGAUCCUUGGUGUCUGAACAAUUUUCAAUAUAUAUUGCCCAGGGAAAUUAAGGAAACCGCUAACCACAAGGAGCUGGAUAUACUGGUUCGGCGCUUAAAAAAGCACUACUUUAACAACGAGCUCCAUGAAUCGAUGGAUUUGUUUGAGGCUCUAAAUAUAUUCUCCCAUCGCCAGAUUUGGCACGAUAUGCAUCGCCUGGCCCUCGCUCGAAGAACCUACGCUUCUCAUACCCCAACAUAUUUAUAUAGAUUUGAUUUUGAUUCUCCGCACUUUAACCAAUUCCGGUGGUUAGUCUGCGGUGAUAGUGUUCGUGGAGUCUCCCAUGCCGAUGAGUUGUCUUACCUCUUCUACAAUAUAAUCGCUUCCAAACUGGAUAAAUCUUCGAAAGAAUAUCAGACCAUAGAAAGAAUGGUGGGAAUGUGGACAUCGUUUGCCGCGACUGGAAAUCCCAAUUGUCGGGAAAUGGGAAAUGCCAAAUGGGAGCCUCUUCAGCCAAUGGAAAGUGGCGUGGAGCAGUGUUUUAACAUCAGCAAAGAGCUGGAUAUGAGAGAACUUCCAGAGGCCAAAGCUCUGGCAGUGUGGGACUCCUUCUACUCAAAGGAAGAUCUUUACUAAGAUUUAAUUUUA